CUUGGCAUUUGGCCCAUUCACCUUCAUUAUCAAUAAAAUGUUUAAUAAUUAUUGCUAUUCCUUCAUACCUUAAUACCUUAUUCAGUAAUCCAUCAAUCAUAACCAAUCUGCUGACUGACCGCGGGAUCGUACUUCAUCGGGCGGACGGUGGUGGAUACUAUUGUUGAUUACAAGUAUUACUUAACGCUACCUAGGUGUACCUAUAUUCGCGUUUCUCAGUUUUCCUGGAUUAUAUCAACGUCCCACGUUCUAGAGCAAACGUCCGGUUCCCACACACAUUUUAGACUACUUAGAUACGUGGCGACUAGCGACCGACAUGUCUAUAGCCGAAUUCUUUGAUGGCCUUCCGUCCUUUAAAGAAGGGAAUUUUUCCCAUUUCAAACCAAGAAAUUGUGAAAGCAGGAAAAUAUCAACAUACAUAGCAACAAAAGAUCAACCUUCCGAUCAAAUUAUUGUUAAUGACAAUUCUCAUAAAUUACUCGAGUCUGUGCAUAAACAUUGGGAUAGAAAGCAUGGAUGUAUAAAAAGGGCAUUAGAAAAAAGUGAAGAAUCUGGCUCAACUCGAAAACGUGCAAAACUAACUAUCAAUUGACUUUUUCUUACGAUAAAAUGAUUCCAAUGCAAAUACCUAAUAUUUUUUUUAACUUAAAUUCCUGAUACGACUCAAAUAUUUUUAUGGAAAACAAAAUUCAAUACAUUUCUAAUUAUGUUGACAUGUCAUAUAAGUGUAUUAUGGUAUGUUAAGGUGGACUCCUUUUUGAACAUUCUAAAUGCACAAUACAAAAGAAUAAAACAAGAGUACAUAUUUGUAUUUAGCUUAUACCAUGUCAUUUUAUGUUAAAAUUUAUAAGCUCAAUGUAAUUGAAUUAGGGUUGCCAUUCGUCCCGAUUUCGCCGGGACACUACCGGUUUUUACUACAGAGUCCCGAUAUUUUUCAUUUCCCGGCCGGGAAGUGGAUAAGUACCGGUUU